AUUUGUUCUACCACGCACGAUAUCGUAUACAUAUAUCAGAGCUCGGCGUUAGUUGCACAUUCCGGCUCGAUUCUUGAGACGACGCCUCCCGCUCUCCCACUACCGCGCGGCUGCUGACGGCCGAGUCACCGAUAGCCUUGAUUCAGGAGCGUCAAAUGUGCAACUAACGCCGAGCUCUGCUAUAUAUAAUGCACCAGUUCUUAAAACAGCUUAAUCGGUCUUCAGUUACAAUGUGCAAUGGUGUACAAUGGUGUACAUUUUUUAUUAUAAUGUACUUCAAAAAAUGAGUUUAAAUUACAUAAUUACUAUCUAAUUAUUACUUUCCAAUGAUAAAUCUCAUUUCUCAUUAACAACUGCUGGAAACGAUUUAAAAAAUCAUUAAUCAAUCCGUAAAAAUGAAUGACACAGAUGUGUUUGAGGACGAUGAGAAUAAUAAAGAAAUUGAUUCAUUACUUAUUACAAUCGAAACUGUUGAAGUGAUGUCAAGGUACUACGUACCGAUUUUAUUGUGUCUUUCUCUGUUGGGAAACAGUCUGUCCGUAUAUAUGUUUCUCUGCACGAAGCUACGUUACUCCUCGUCCAGCAUCUACCUAGGUGCACUUGCGAUAAGCGACAUCGGUUUUUUAGUGACGUUAGUCGAAUAUCUGCCCAGACCAAUAAAGAAAAUAAUUGAAGAUGAAUAUGAAUACGAUAUCGUUAUCAUCUAUAUUACUAGUUCGCGAAUGUUAUUUGCUUUCCUGAGUGUGUGGAUUGUAGUGGCCUUUACUGUUCAACGAUAUAUAGCGAUCAAGUGGCCGCUACUUCGUCGCUCCGUGUGCACAGUCAAACGAGCGAAAAUUGUGGCGAUUGGACUGGCGGGUUUAGCUGUUUCAUACUCUAUCCCAUGGUUUACUAUGAAUGCAAUCUACUGGCUUCAUGACGAAAAUGAGCUGACAAACUACAACUACUGGUGGUGGAUUUUAAAUACUAUUAAUACUAUUAUAACAUUUGUUUUACCUGCAACAGUGAUAGCAAUUCUUAAUGCUCUAAUAAUGUAUAACAUCCGCAAGCAUAAUCGUAUUCGAAAAAACUUGAUUUUAAGUUCUGCUGCAUCGAAUAGGAAAACACAAAGUUUGGACGGUGAAACAUCACACAUUAAAGUCACAAAAAUGCUUGUUAUCAUUUCAAGCAUAUUUAUAUGUUUAAAUACACCUUACCUAAUUUUCCGACAAUUUAUUCCCUUGGAUGAGAUACAAGAGGUCGGUGAUGAUAAACUUUUAUACCCACUUUUUUUCAUCAGCAAAUUAUUAUGGUUAACAAAUUACGGAAUAAACUUUUUUCUUUAUUGCGCAAUUGGCAAGAACUUUCGUAGAGAAUUGUUGCGCAUAUUUAUGAAACGUUCGGAUAGUAGAAGAAAC